AUAAACUAAAAUUAGACAAAUUCUAACCUUUAGAGCAUUUAAAUUGACUUUAAUUUAAUUGUAAACAUUUGAAGUGUUCAAGAAAGACGAAUGUAAUAUAAGCAGAAAUGUCGACAACGGCUUUGCAACAAUUCGUUGCAAACCUAAAAUCUCGACAUGAACAUGUCCGAUAUAAGGCAGUGAAUGAUCUUUCACUUUAUGUGAAGAGCGAACUCAGGGAAGCUACUGCAGAUGAAAUUAAUAAUUUUCUGGAUGAAUUUAAUCACCAUAUUUUUGAAAUGGUUAAUAGUAAUGACAUUAAUGAGAAAAAAGGAGGAAUAUUGGCUAUUGUAUGCCUCAUUGGUACCGAUGUUGGUAAUAUGACAUCGAGAAUUAGCAGAUUCGCUAAUUAUUUAAGAAAUCUUUUACCAUCAAGCGAUGUAGUAAUAAUGGAACUUGUAGCUAAAGCUAUGGGACAUUUAGCUAUAGUUUCUGGAUCCAAAGCCUCCGAAUAUGUGGAAUUUGAAGUAAAAAGAGCUUUUGAAUGGUUACAAGAAGACAAAGCUGAUGGUAAAAGACAUGCUGCUGUACUGGUUUUAAAAGAAUUAGCUAUAACAAUGCCGACAUAUUUCUAUCAACAAGUAUCUCAAUUCUUUGAACUUAUCACAAACGCCAUUCAAGAUCCUAAAGUAGCUAUAAGGGAAGGAGCAGUAGAGGCUCUAAGAGCAGCUUUGGUAGUAACUGCACAAAGAGAAGUUGGUAAAGUUACAUGGUAUAGAAUGUGUUAUGAAGAAUCUGGUAAACUACUUUUGGCUGAUAAAGGAGAGAGAAUACGAGACGAACGCGUUCACGCAUUUUUAUUAAUGCAAAAUGAACUGUUACGUUUAGCUAAUGCUACUUGGGAGAGAAAAUACACUGCGAUGCUGGAAAAAACUGAUACAAGGCGUUCUAACGAUCAAGAAAGUUUCAGUUUCAAUCGACCCCUAUUCAUGUAUCCGACGCCAAAUAAAAAGAUCACUAAUUAUCAAAUUUUAGUGUCUAUAACGCCUGAAAAACCUGUUAUUAUAGAAUCGCCGGCUUGCCAUCAACUUAUAGUUGAAAAAUUUCCUUAUGUAUGUAUUGAUGUGAUGCAACAAAAAUUUUCCAAAUAUUUCUACGUUCAACAAACCUUAUUAAAUAUAUUACCACGUUUAGCUGCUUUCGAUAAAAAAGAUUUUGUUCAAAAGCAUUUAGUUGGCGCAAUGAAUUAUCUUUUCGGUAUGUUGAGGAGCAGGGAAAAAGAAAGAAACAUGGCAUUCAUAACAGUCGGUUUAAUAGCUAUAGCUGUUGAAGAAGCUAUUAAUCCACACGUAGAUAAAAUAAUGGAACUCAUUAAGGCUGCUCUACCUAGAAGUGAAAUGACAUUAAAAAAACGUCCCAAUAUAGAUCCUUGUGUUUUCAAAUGUAUAACAUUCCUUGCAUUAUCCUUGAAGAAUCACGAUAAAAUGGACAUCCCCAAUAUUUUAGAACAAAUGUUAGCAACAGGAUUAUCACCAUCUUUAACUAUAUGCUUAAGAGAACUAGCUAAAAGUGUUCCAGCUCAUAAGGAGAAAAUAAGUUUGGGAUUACUAAAAAUGUUAUCGCAAAUACUUUUAAAUAAACCGUUGAUACAUCCUGGUACCCCGAAACACCUAACAGCCAGUUUAAUACCCCUAUCGAGUUCUUACGAUGUUUACGAUACUCAAAUCACAGUUCUGGCUCUACAUACAUUAGGAACAUUCGAUUUCGAAGGUCAGAGCCUUUUGCCUUUUGUUCAGCGUUGCGCGAAUUAUUUUCUAGUACAUGAACAAACAGAGAUACGAUUAGAAGCUGUUAAAACGACUUGUAGACUUCUCAGACACGCCAUUAGAAGUACGACCAAAAAUCCAUCGGAAACUGUAACGAAAACUGUAGCUUCAGUACUGAACAGAUUAUUGAGCGUCGGUCUGAUUGAUAUGGAAGCUUCUGUACGUUUAGGAGUUUUAAUGUCACUCGAUCCUACUUUCGAUCAACAUUUAGCUCAAGCAGAAUCUUUAGGAGCUCUUUUUAUCGCUCUCCAAGAUGAAGUUUUUGAAAUCAGAGAAGUGGCCGUUUUCACCAUAGGUCGUUUGAGUUGUAUGAACCCGGCUUAUAUAAUGCCCAGUUUGAGAAAAGUUUUGGUACAAUUGCUUACGGAAUUAGAACAUUCCGGAAUAGGUAGGAAUAAAGAACAAGGCGCCAGGAUGUUGGAUCAUCUAGUCGUUAGUGCUCCUAGACUGAUUAGACCUUAUAUGGAACCCAUUUUAAAGGUUUUGGUACCGAAAUUGAAAGAACCUGAACCGAAUCCAGGAGUGAUACUUUCUGUUUUGAUGACAAUAGGAGAUUUGGCUGAAGUUACAGGUGGCGAUUCGGAAUUGCAACAAUGGAUGCACGAGUUGAUGAAAAUUUUAUUGGAUAUACUGGGUGAUUCGUCGUCUCCUGAUAAACGUUCGGCGGCUUUGUGUACGUUGGGUCAGUUAGUAGGUGCAACCGGUCAUGUAGUAAAUCCUUAUAACGAAUAUCCGAUGUUAUUGGAUGUCCUUAUUAAUUUUUUAAAAACCGAACAACAAUCUUAUAUCAGAAGAGAAACUAUCAGAGUUUUGGGGUUAUUAGGUGCUUUGGAUCCGUAUAAACAUAAAAUUAAUCGUGGUCAAAUCGAUUAUCAACCUGAAGCUCCUAUGCUUAUACCGAUGACUGAUAAGGGAACGGGUGAAGGCGAAGGUGAUUUCGGAUUGAAUUCUAGCGAGAUGUUAGUCAGUAUGAGUUCACAUACUUUGGAAGAAUAUUAUUUGGCUAUGGCCAUUGCGACACUAAUGAAGAUAAUCAGAGAUCCAGCUUUGUCUCAACAUCAUACUAUGGUAGUUCAAGCUGUAACUUUCACUUUUAAAAGCUUAGGUAUCAAAUGCGUGCCUUAUAUAUCACAGGUUCUUCCUAGUUUAUUGAACGUAGUAAGAACAGCGGACGUUAAUUUUAGGGAAUUUCUAUUUCAACAGCUCGCCCAGUUGGUAGCUAUCGUCAAACAGCAUAUCCGUAAUUAUUUGGAUGACAUAUGCGAUUUGAUCAAAGAAUUUUGGGUACCGAACAGUUCUAUCCAAGGUACCAUCAUUCUUCUUUUGGAAUACAUAGCCGUAGCAUUGGGGGCAGAAUUCAAGGUCUAUUUGCCACGUCUGAUACCUCAAAUAUUGAGGGUACUCAAUCACGACACCUCAAAAGAUAAACAAUGUACCUUGAAACUAUUAGAAGCCAUGCACAAGUUCGGAAAUAAUUUAGAAGAUUACAUGCAUUUAAUAAUACCGCCUAUAGUGAGGUUAUUCGACGCUCCGGAUUGUCCGCUCGCCGUACAGAAACAAGCUUUAGAAACAAUAGACCAAUUAGCGGAAAUUUUGGAUUUUUCCGAUUUUAUAUCGAGAAUUAUUCAUCCCCUAAUGAGAACGAUUGACAAUUCGCCCGAAUUGAGAAACGUAGCAAUCGAAUGUUUACGUUCGCUCGUACUACAAUUGGGUAGGAAAUUUUGCAUUUUUAUACCGAUGGUACAAAAAAUAUUGAACAAACACAAAAUUCAAAAUAUAAAAUUCGACGUUCUACUUUCGAAAAUCCAAACGGAUACGACCAUGUCGGACGAAACCGAUUUGGGUAUUAGAAGGAACAAAUUCAAAUUUCGCGGUAGAGACGACGCACCGGUUAGUAACGAUUCCUCAAUGAGUCAAAGAUUAAAAGUUUCCGUUAAAAAUCUCCAACAGGCGUGGACACCGAGCAGACGCGUAUCAAAAGACGACUGGUUGGAAUGGUUGCGCUGUCUCAGUUUAGAAUUACUAAAACAAUCGCCAAUACCCGCGUUACGUUCUUGUCUACCUUUAGCUCAAACUUAUUCCCAAUUACCGAAGGAUCUGUUCAACGCCGCUUUCGUUAGUUGCUGGUCCGAGUUGUCCGAAGAGAAACAGAAAAGUUUGAUACACGGAUUGGAAUUGGCAUUGGCGGUACCGGACGUACCGGAAAUAACGCAAACCAUUCUAAAUCUCGCCGAAUUCAUGGAGCAUUGCGAUAAAGGUCCUCUACCAUUAGAUUCACAUACUUUGGGUGAACACGCGAUGCAUUGCAGGGCGUACGCCAAAGCGCUCCAUUACAAAGAAGAAGAAUUCCAAAAUAGCGGCGGUACUAACGAUCAAGUAAUCGAAGCCUUAAUUUCCAUUAAUAAUAAAUUACAACAGAAGGAAGCGGCCGAAGGUCUUUUACAUUACGUACAAAAAAGAUCCGGCGACGUGCAGGUCAAAGUGGCUUGGUACGAAAAAUUGCACAACUGGGAUAAAGCUUUGGGAAUGUAUAAAGAGAAGCUGUCAGACGGAUUCGAUCAAGAUGUUUAUUUGGGUCAGAUGAGAUGUUUGGAAGCGUUAGGAGAAUGGUCAGAACUUCACGAUUUAGUUGAAUCGAAAUAUGACAUACUAUCAGAAGAUUUUAGAAACAAAGCCUGUCGAUUAGCAGCUGCAUCAGCAUUCGGACUCCACAAUUGGAACUCAUUGGAACGUUACGUUAAAAUAAUUCCGCAGGAUUCUCAAGAAGGUGCCUUCUAUCGUGCAGUUUUGGCCAUACACAAGGAACAAUACAGAGUGGCUCAAGAUUAUAUUUGUACUGCUAGAGAUAUGUUGGAUAAAGAAUUGACAGCAAUGGCUGGGGAAAGUUAUCAAAGGGCUUACGGUGCCAUGGUGCAAGUACAAAUACUUAGCGAAUUAGAAGAAGUUAUGCAAUAUAAGUUAGUACCAGAACGACGUUCCACUAUAAAAGCCCUCUGGUGGCAGAGAUUACAAGCCGGUCAACGUUUAGUUGAAGAUUGGCAGAAAAUAAUCCAAGUUCAUUCCUUAGUACUUGAACCGCACGAAGAUAUACAUACCUGGUUAAAAUACGCCGCUUUGUGCAGAAAAAACGGAUCAAUGAGGUUGUCACAUAAAACUUUGGUAAUGUUGCUCGGUUACGAUCCCGAAGAAAAUCCGCAAUUACAACUACCGAUAACGUCUCCUCACGUGACGUUCGCUUACACGAAACAUUUAUGGGCGACGGAUCAAAAACAAAGGGCAUUCCAACAAUUGGAACUUUUCUUGAACGAUAACGCUCAACAUUUAACCGAAUCUAAUUUAACCCCCGAGGAACGACAAGCUUUAUUAGCGAGGUGUUAUUUGAAAUUGGGAGCUUGGCAAGAGGAACUCGAAGGAAUAACGGAGUCAUCGGUUCCGAGCAUUUUAGCAUGUUAUCAACAAGCCACCGAGUAUGAUAAAGAUUUGUAUAAAGCUUGGCACGCUUGGGCUUAUAUGAACUUCGAAACCGUCUUAUUUUAUAAAAAUAAAGAAGAAACCGAAAAAGGAAAAGGAGAUAGACAAACUAACGAUACCGAAAGAAAUGUCGAUUUAAAUAAACAUACAGUUUUAGCAGUACACGGUUUUUUCAAGUCAAUAUAUUUGUCACAAGGAAGUUCCCUUCAAGAUACCUUACGUCUCCUCACCCUUUGGUUCGAUUACGGUCAAACUACUCAAGUAUCAGACGCUAUAGCUGACGGUAUCCGAAUUGUAGCCAAAAACACCUGGUUACAAGUGAUACCGCAAUUAAUAGCCCGAAUCGAUACCAACAGACUUUUGGUAUCGAAACUGAUCAACCAUCUAUUGGUGGAUAUCGGUAAAACACAUCCACAGGCUUUAGUGUAUCCAUUGACGGUAGCUACGAAAAGUAAUUCUAGCGUUAGAAGGAGCGCCGCUAAUAAAAUUUUGAAAAGUAUGAGCGAACAUUCUCCCACUUUAGUACGACAAGCACUGAUGGCGUCCGAAGAAUUAAUUAGAGUAGCCAUUUUGUGGCACGAAAUUUGGCACGAAGGUUUAGAGGAAGCGUCGAGAUUGUAUUUCGGAGAACGGAACGUCGAAGGUAUGCUGAGGAUAUUGGAACCUUUGCAUACUAUGAUGCAAAGAGGACCUGAAACUUUGAAGGAGACCAGUUUCAAUCAAGCCUACGGUAGAGAUUUGAGCGAAGCUCACGAAUGGUGUCAGAGAUACAGGAUAUCUGGGAAUAUACGGGAUCUUAAUCAAGCUUGGGAUUUGUAUUAUCAUGUUUUUAGGAGAAUAUCGAGACAAUUACCUCAAUUAACAUCUUUGGAACUUCAAUAUGUUUCUCCAAAUUUAUUGGUUUGUCAAGAUUUGGAAUUGGCGGUGCCUGGUAGCUAUGCACCUGGUCAGGAUAUUGUUAAAAUUGCUUAUUUCAACCGAUCUCUUGAGGUAAUUACAUCCAAACAACGUCCCAGAAAAUUAAUAAUAAGAGGGAGUGACGGUAAAGACUAUAAAUUCCUUCUCAAGGGUCAUGAAGAUUUGAGACAGGACGAAAGGGUGAUGCAAUUAUUCGGUCUUGUUAAUACCUUACUUUUGAAAGAUCCAGAUACCUUCCGUCGUAAUUUAACUAUACAGAGGUACGCAGUUAUACCAUUGAGUACCAAUUCCGGUUUAAUUGGUUGGGUACCGCACAGCGACACCUUGCAUAUUCUCAUAAGAGAUUACAGGGAUAAGAAGAAGAUUUUAUUGAACAUCGAACACAGGAUAAUGUUAAGGAUGGCAGCUGAUUAUGAUCAUUUGACCGUAAUGCAAAAAGUUGAAGUUUUCGAACACGCUCUAGAGCAUACCCACGGCGAUGAUUUAGCUAAAGUGUUGUGGUUGAAGAGUCCUUCUUCGGAAGUGUGGUUCGACAGGAGGACCAAUUAUACCAGAUCCUUGGCCGUCAUGUCUAUCGUUGGGUAUAUCCUGGGUUUAGGAGAUAGACAUCCCAGCAAUUUCAUGAUUGAUAGAUUAAGUGGAAAAAUUCUACACAUUGACUUUGGCGAUUGUUUCGAAGUGGCCAUGACCAGGGAAAAAUUCCCCGAGAAAAUCCCCUUCAGAUUGACCAGGAUGUUGGUGAAUGCCAUGGAAGUGACCGGUAUAGAUGGAACUUAUCGUAAAACUUGCGAAUCGGUCAUGUCGGUUUUACAUCACAAUAAAGACAGUCUAAUGGCAGUUUUGGAAGCUUUCGUUUACGAUCCUUUGCUUAAUUGGAGACUUAUGGAUACUACGUUGAGGAAUCGAUCUAAUACCGGAGAAAUCGGUUCGUUGUCAACAGCCACGUCUCAAGACCAAGAUUUGAUGGAAUCUUUGAGUAUGACUAUAAAUAAAAAGAACGUUUUGGGCGACAUCGUGAACGAAGGAUCUCAACCGGAAGGUGUGAAUAAAAAGGCGGUAGCUAUUAUAAAUAGGGUUAGAGAUAAAUUAACGGGUAACGAUUUCAAUGCAGAGGAGUCUCUAACCAUCGAAAAACAAGUGGAUCUUUUGAUACAACAAGCGACAAGUAACGAAAAUUUAUGUCAGUGUUAUAUUGGAUGGUGUCCGUUUUGGUAAAAAAAAGUAUGUAAAUAUUUAAAAAAAAAUUUUUCUGUAAAUAUUUAUAUAAGUUAAGAAUAAAAAUAUUGGCAACCCA